UCAAAAUCCAGUAUUUCCAUGAUAAAUAUAUCAUUUAUAGAUACCCUUUCCAGAUCCAUUACCCACUUAUCAAUUGAAACAAUACUUCAUAAACAUUUAAUGCCCUUAUUUAGAAAUCAAAUAAAGAUUAGAAUAAGAAUACAGAAAUAAUUAAAACAGCACUUUUAUGAAAAUAAACAUUCACCAACAUUUACAAUAUAGGGCUGGUCUCAAGGUUACCAGUUCCGGAUUACAAAAGUCUGGAUGUUUAUCUCAGAGCAAAGAGUUGUUUCUGAUAAUUAUCUGUUGCAACCAGUUGAGUCCGGGUUUUUUUUAGGCCAGAUAUGGUCUGAUAUCACCAAAUAACUACCAAAGGUAUUCCUCACUUAACAAUCAUUCACUCAGCAAUGAUUCAAUGUUGCCACAGCAUUGAACAAAUGGAAUUUACAACAUUAUUUAUUUGUAUCCCGAAUCAAGAAAUUACAGGUUCUUUAAAAAAAAACAUUUGUAUCCUGCUUUUAUUACUUUUACAAAUAAUACAAGGUAGUGAACAUAUCCAACACCACCUUUCUAUUUUCCCCACAACAACCCUGUGAGGUGAGUUCAGCUGAGAAUGUAUGACUGAUCCAAGGUCACCCAACUGGCUUUCAUAGGUAUGGUGGCACUUGAAUUCAUGAACUCCUGCUUUCUAAGACUAGAACUCAGUCUCCCAGUUUCUAAUUUGAUGCCUCAAUGACUACAUCAAACUGCCACUCCUGUUAUUCCUCCAGUACUUUCUGUACAGGAUCUUAGUUCACAAUCAAUAUGUGUAGAACUGUUUCUAUUACAAGCUGAAAAUGCAACUGUCAAUUGUAGUUUAAUGUCAUUUGAGCAAUGUCGUUGACAGAGAGAUUUAAAUUGAAGGACUCAGUUAUGAGCAUUGUGGUUUGUAUAAUGAUAAAAAUGAUUAUGUGUAAACCAUGAAGUAUUUUUAGAAUAUCAAAAAUAAACAUCUCUGUUUCAAUUGCUUACCAACUGAAACAAUUCUCAAACCUUCGUGGAACCAAAAGCUUUCUUUAGGCCAGAUUAACUGAAAACAAUUUGAAGAAGUAACAGGAAAUAAUAUUAACUACAUACAUAAUCAACAUUCUAGAAGAUUCAUCAGAACUAGAGAAUGGGAAACCUGGAGAGAGAAUUGAAAGUUAUACAGAACUCAUAGAAAGAAAUACCAUAACUCUCAGGCCUAUUCAGGAUUUGCUCCAACCCAGCACUGGAAUAUAAUUCUGAGAAUUUACCAAAUUUGAGCCUGGACCUCAAGCUGUAAAAAAAAAAAAAAAAACCCUACCAUAAAUAACAAACCUACCAUAAAUAUUUCCUUAUUUAAUUUGUAUUAAGAUAUUCAAAAUUUAAAUAUUUGUCUUUUUUAUUUACAAUCACUGCUGUUUUUUUCUAUUCAUCUUCCUAAACCCUUUAGUUAUUCCUUUGCUUUUUCUAUUUUUUGCUUAUUAUGUAUUAAACUAUUUUCUAGAAAAUUAUUGUUUGGAGCUUUUCACUGUUUCAUUUAAGGAAUUAGUCCAUGCCUUCACAUUUUGAUUUCUUAUUUGAUGGAAUAUAGGUACAGUACAUAUUUUUCAUUCCAAUAUUAAGUAAUGCAAUUUCUUUAAUGUUGCCCUUCUGAACUACAGUUUGUCAUAUUUUCCAGUCUAUUUUGAUAAAUGCAUUAUCAACACUGGCCACCAUCAUGUGAAGCUCAUAAGCCAGGCUUCAAAAGAAUUCUGAUUAUUCAUGAACAAGCUGUUUGCUAACAUGUUACUAGUUCUUCCCCAAAAGCUGCAAGCAUUGUAAAGUAAAAAAUAUUUCACUAUUUACCAGUUAUGGAGAAAAUUCCUUGUGAAACUCAUCAAUCUUAUUAUCUACUGCAUGGCUUUGAAGACAUGAAAGACAUGUGCUCUAAUAUAAUCCUUCACGCUUCUUUAAACAGCAUUGAGACAUCAUAUAAGAAACAUUUGACAUCACAUUUGAUAGCCUUUGAGGACACUCUCUAAACUGAAAUAUUCACAUUACAGUUGCUUCACAAAGAUAACCAAAUUAAGCAGCAGCCAAAUCCCACUGCCGCUUUAUAAUUCUGCUUCCAUAUUUAAUAUGUAAUAAUCUCAUUGAGCUUGUCUUUACAAAAGGCAGGGCCAAAUAUCUAUGAAAAAGGAUGAAGACUGCAAUGCAGCAGACAAAGGUGGAUAACUGUAUCCAUGGUAAGAAAAGUGGGCUUAUUAUGUAACAAACAAGGUUGGGGGUUAUAGCCAUGGUGAGAAGAUAAUGUUAUCAGGAAAGAGCUUAUCAUGUAGCAAGCAUAGGGAUCUGGGCUUUCUACUGAAGAUCAAAAAGAGCCCAACCUCUUCUAAAAGAGGGGAACAACGCCCAGUUAAUGUUUGUACCAAAGAUCAAGAUAAAUGAUAGAACAUCAAAGAGAAUGAUGCUGCUGUUCAUCAGACUAUUCCUUACUUUGAUUCCAUCUGUGCUAGCUCAGAACCCUGGAGUCUUCCACAUCAGGCCAGAAAAAGGAGGUGAUUACUGUUUCCUUUUCCCUUCUCAAUGGAUAAAAUCAUAUCAGGGAGACAACAAGAAACACUGGUUUGACCUUGAGUCAUUUACUCAGAACUUCACCUAUUCAGCCAUGUGUUGCUUGCCUUCAUUCUUCGGGGAAGACGACAAUGAUGGUGGUGGAUUUAGUACAAGAAUUGCAUCUAUCAGACAGGGAAAUUGCAAUCUCUUUCAGAAUGCAAGAGUCCAUCGGAUUAAUAGCACAGAGGGGUUUCUGAUUCUUGGCGGAGACGCUCCAUAUCCAAUGAAAAGCUUGAGAUCUGGAUACAAUUGGGGCCACUGUGAAGAGAUUACUCUCCCAGGAUUUAUGCUCAGUGAUGUGGAUAUUCUUUAUUUAGUAUUCAAAAAUCUGAUUAGAAAUUUGUUGUACAAAACUGGGAUCAUCUACUUGAUGGCAAUGGGCAUAGUCACCAUAGGAAGCUACUGGGCAGGAAGCACGGAGAAGAAAAAACAAGACAGUAUAAAAAAUCAGGACCAAACACAAGAUUUUGAUGAGAUAACAAUUGAUACCAAUAUCUGCUUCACAUGUACCUGUAUGGUUAUGGGCACCCUCAUGCUUCUUUCUCUCUACUGCUUCUAUGAUUAUAUGAUGCAUGCAAUGAUUGGCAUUUUCUGUAUCUAUGCAUCUUUUAGCCUAUACUGGUGUUUGACUCCAUUUGUGAACAAACUCCCGUUUGGAGAACAUUUAGUCCAUUUUCCAUAUUUCCAUAAAGAUCUGGAAAUCAGAGCACUGCUUCUAGCAAUGCUGUGUUUGUCUGUCAAUGCAACCUGGAUUAUUUUCCGAAAUGAAAAUUGGUGGAGCUGGGUUUUGCAAGAUGUUUUAGGCAUUUCAAUUGGCAUUUACCUUCUGAGAACAGUUCACAUGCCUACCUUAAAGAACUGCAGCUUGUUUCUGUUCACUCAUUUGUUUUAUGAUAUACUUUGCCUGUUAGUCACACCUUUUCUAAACAAAACAGGUAGAGACAUGACGAUUUUUGGGCCAUCUAACUCAGACGAGAUCCCUUUUCUGUUGAAAGUACCAAUAUUACCAUCAACAUCUUUUCUGGAUAAUGCUUCAUUUACUGCUAUAGGCCUUGGAGAUGUUGUACUUCCUGGUUUCUUGGUAGCCUAUUGCCACAGAUUUGAUGUUCAAGUUGAGUCUCCAGGGAUCUAUUUCCUAGCUUCUAUUCUGGCAUACAGCUAUGGUCUGUUGGUGACUUUUGUGGUAACAACAUUCCUACAGGCAAGUCAGUCAACUCUUCUAUAUUUAGUGCCUUGUAUACUCAUCACUACACUGACUGUUGCUGCUUUUCGCAAAGAAAUAGUACUGUUUUGGACAGGUAUAGACUCUGAAAAUGAGAUUAUUCAAUCUUCUUCACAAAAAAUCAUCAAACAUUCAAUUACACUGAAAAAGUCAGAGGAACAGCCCCAUGGACUAAAAGAGGAAAAAGAUAUUAUUACCGUCACAUUCCACCUAGAAGAGCUUAAUAGUGCCAAUAUAUUCACAAAGCAAUUAUUUGACCAAAAGAAACACACAGAGAAGAUGUACUGCACAUUAAGCCAUGCAUCACUUCUCAAUCAACAUCUGGAGUACCAAGAGCUGAUUGGAGAUGCUGAGCAGCAAUGUCUGAUUGGAAAAAACAACCUCUCACCUAUACAAAUUUGCAACAAUCUGGAUGAUUCAGAUUAAUCAAAUGCAAGUCCAUUAAACUUCCUUUGGGGCAGAAAUAACUACAUUGUCAUUUUUAUUGUGAAAAUCAGCAAUUCUGAAUCACUACACAUCUAUUGAAGCCACUACCAGUGUCACUAACAUGACCAAGAAACAGAGCUUGAGAGAAAUCCAUGGCUAGAGGGCCCAGUUACACAGAUAGCUGGGAUAAUAACAGGGUUGACUGUUACUAUUGGGAGUUAUCAGGAACAAAAACAA